AUGGUGAUUGUGUUUAAGGUUGUGGUGCUGUGGGUGGGCACCCAUAAUCACGGUCACACUGCAGAACAGAUCUGUGGAGGCAUUAUGGCCAUAGUCCAACUCAUCAAGGACAAGCUGCCUAAGGCUUACACUCUCGUACUGGGAGUGCUACCCAGGGGUAAGAUGCCCAACCCCCUGCGGGAGAGGAACGCCCAGGUCAACAAGCUGGUCAAGGAGGCCGUGUCCUCUCUCCCCCAUGCCUCCCUCCUCAACGUGGACCCUGGCUUUGUGCACUCGGAUGGCAGCAUCUCCCACCAGGACCUGUAUGACUUCCUCCACCUCACCCCUCAGGGCUACCAGGCUGUGUGCCAGCCGCUACACGCCCACCUCAAGGGCCUGCUGAAGAAACAGGCUGAAAACUGA